AUGAAGCGCUGUGACCAUAGCCAUUGGCUCGGACUUUACAGUCAGGGUAGUGAAGUCGCCCUUUUAGCGACGGAUAGGCUUCGCACUCUUACGAAAUAUAUCCAAUAUCCCGAUAUCCAGAAGCCUAGCUUACUUGUGCUAAUCGGGAAUGUAGCAAAAUCAGUCGCCCUUCGGGAACUUUUUGGUGUGAAGCGGGCUUCUGGGUUGAGAAGCAAGCAGAGUGCCGAUGGAGUCCACCUUCAUCUCGACCCUUCCACAAUUUUCCCCGGUAAACCAAUCUUCCUGGCGGACCUCGGUUUACCUAGUCAACCUUUGAAGAUAAAGUCAAUCCCAAGAGAGAAGUGCCAUGAGACAAUGAGCCAUGCUAUUGAAUGGAUUACUGAUGUACCAGGCGUGCCGCCGAGCGAUCUCGCCUCCAGGAUCUACGCGCGUCUGCUGUUCCCCUUCACUGACGUUUUCUGCUUCUUCUCCACUGAUCUAGGCGGUUUUCGACAGAUUGCCAUCCAGUUAGCGGCAUGGCUAGAGAAAGGUACCUCAUCGACCCUUCCCAGAUCUACGCACCCGAGGGUGCUUAUCAUCAGUGAUAAAAUACCUCCUGGAACUGCAAGCGAAAACGAGGCUAAAAGGGCAUUUUUAUGGAUGCUCUACGAGGAGACGACCGAAGACCCACACGAACAGUUUUCGGACAUCAGUGUGGUAGCGCUUUUCCCUGCUGGUUCGAUGUCCGUCGAAGGUCGACAUCGACGACUGAAAGAGCGACUUCUCGAUGCAUUGGAUCACACCCGAACGACGAGAGAUGAGACACGCCACCUGUUCUCUGCAACUCAUUUCGGCGCUCUGUUCGAGUAUGCACGUGCACACCUCGCCAAAACGAUUGAGCAACCGUUCAGUUUUAUCAAGGCGUCGAGGACGUACAACCCAGUUGCCCCGGACCUGGGGGAACAUCUACUAACGUUUCUUAAGCACGUCAGAACGCCUAUCGAGCUAACGGAGUUCGCAGUUCCGAUUAUCGCCUCUAGCUUCCUUCUAGACAGUUAUCCUCCCGACGCCCACAUGUUCGAUCCACGAAGCGUUUUUCAGGUCUUGUAUAGGGAUAUCCUACGCAGGUUGAGCAAGUCUCGCGUACUGACCUUCGAUGAAUCGAGCGACGUGAUCCUCAUGAGUGGCUUUAUUAAUUUGGUCGAGGAUCAACUUGUCGAAUAUUUCGGGCAAUCCGUUCAGCGAGGGGGCAAAGCCUCGGCAGAAAUUCACAGAGAGAACCUUGAGCGAUUCCAGGACCGCUGGCUAAGUAUUCGAAGCGACAGUACCUGUUUCUCUUGUUUACGCCGCAGACCUCAAUACAACCAGCACUGUGGCCACUGCGUCUGUCAGACUUGUGUGAUGAAUUUUGGCGAUCAGAGCUCGGAUGAUCCCUGGGACUUCAAGGUGCGUCGAUGCUCCCUGUGUAGUGUCUUGCUGCCCAGAGAGAUGGUCGUCAAAGUGCAUCCUCCUACAGCCGGAGCGGGAGUCCUGUGUAUUGACGGAGGUGGGAUACGCGCCGUGAUACCGCUGGAGAUCAUGAAACGAAUACGGGAUCGUAUUGAUUUGCCGAUUCCCUUUCAAAAGUUCUUCAAGCUCGCUUUCGGGGUGAGUUCAGGGGGUUUGAUUAUCCUGGCUAUGUUCCACAAGGGGUGGUCAAUUGAACGGUCAUUGGACGUGUUUGAACAAUUAGCAAAGCACACUUUUAAGCGCCGGAAAGGUUUAGGUAUCCCCCUUCUUUCUCGUCUUCGGGAGCUUAUAGGGUCGUAUUUGGCCGACGGCCUUUAUGCGGCCGAAAAUAUUGAAGGCGCCUUGAAAGAGGUAUUUGGUACGGAGGGGAGCAUUCUCGACUAUUCAUACGCAACAUCAAUAGGGACGAGGAUCGGUUUGCCUGUCGCUACGGUUCACGACAGGCCGUCGUGUCGUAUAUUCACCAAUUACAAUGGUGUUGGAACACAGGAUCGACACCUAGGUGAGCCCGUGGAGCGCUCGCCUGCUGAAGUAGCUGACGAGGCCACAGACCAAGUCAUCAAACCGAAAGACGGUCUCGGAAGAGUGCCCGUUUGGGAGAUCUUUUUCCCGCCGAAGCACAUCGAUGAAGUUGGCACGUUUCAGGAUGCGGGUCCUCUGGAGAACGAUCCACUCAUUUCCGCUCUGUCCGAAUUCACUUCAGCGUUCCCGUUAACUGAAGAACCAGACUUUGUUAUUUCUCUGGGCACUGGCCAGCCGAAGAGUGACACGGCGUCUACUACACUUACAGCCCAUCCGUGGAAGAAUAAAGCAUUACCGAGACUGUAUCGUUUAUUCUGGGAGAAGAUGCGCGACAAGAAAGUCAGACAGGCUUUCCAAACUAAUCCCCGAUAUCACCGUCUCGACGUUGAAUUCGACCGAGCAGAACCGAGGUUAGAUGAUACAAAGACCAUGUCCGAGCUGAGGUCAAAAGUUCAGGUCGACGACUCACUAUCCAGAACGAUUGAUAGUAUCGCCCGCCACAUGCUUGCCUCCCUGUUUUACUUCGAAUUAGAAUCUAUACCAGAGAAAAUUAACGGUAAGUUUGUAGCGGUCGGUUACAUCCAAUGCUCGGAGCGCCGUCGGGGCGGAGCAUUUUCUCUCUUACUUCACCGGUUGUCAUGUUGCUCUGCCACAUUUUUCCUGGACGAGCACCCAGUUACAGGAAACUUUGGCGACAGCUCCUUCCUCGACGCGGACGGAAACUUUCGAAAGCGUGUGGAGCUGAGCGUCUCGGAUAAAUUCACCGUACGCCUCAAACAAGGCCGUUCGGAGCCGUGUAACAUUAGCGGCUCGCCAUACUCACUACAGAAGCUAAUACUGGCACAAGACCUUGCCGCUCACUUGGGAACGGCGAACCACCGGAAGAGGAAAAGGGAAUGGGCCUACGGACAAUGUGCAACAAAAAGGCGGCGUGUACUGUAA